GUACUGGUCAAGGGCGCAGGGAAAUUGGAUCAUGUGGAACGCUACGAUGUAGUCCGACCCCAGAGACUGACUGGUCGGGUCAAAAGAAACAUUUUCUCAAACCAGGUGCUUACAUCCCGUUAUCUUUUCUCUAUAAUUAGGUAAUAGUGGUUCCCUGCAAAUUAGGGAAAUAUUUCUAAUCCCAAUGAUGAGGGAUGUUAUAAAGAAUACGAUAGCUUUUAAUUGUUGACAACUAAACAAAAUCUUCCUUAGGUUUAUCCUGAUGAGAUCCAAUAUGCAUUAACCCUUGAUGGAGAGAACCACACUAUUCAUCUGGCUAAAAAUAGGUAAAUUAUUUUUAACUAUCCACCAAUUACUAGACGAGUUUUGGUAGUCAGGUUUGGUAGCAGUUAUAUGAAUUGUUCUAUUAUUUGCUCUUUUCAUAGGCAACUUAUUGGGAGGCAUUACGCUGAAACACACUAUUCAGAAAAUGGAAGGCGGGUGACAACAUUUCCAAAUUAUGAGGUAUUUAAGCCAUUUAAUAUAAUAGCCGACAUUUUGUGUCACUUUUUGUUUUGAUUCAUUGCAUGCUGUGCAGAUUUAAUGUGUACAGUAUUUCAAGAUAAGCUCUCAACCAAUACUUGUACUAAUUUCAACUUUUAGGACCACUGCUAUUAUCAUGGUCAUAUUCAAGGCAUUGAGGAUUCAUCCGUUAGUGUUGGAAUCUGUUCUGGCAUUAGGUAAGUGAGAAUUCUGCAUGUGGCGCAGUGGUCUAAGGCACUGCAUCGCAGUGCUAGCUGUGCCACUAGAGAUCCUGGUUCGAAUCCAGGCUCUGUCGUAGCCGGCCGCGACCGGGAGACCCAUGGGGCGGCGCACAAUUGGCCCAGCGUCGUCCAGGGUAGGGUAGGGGAGGGAAUGGCCGGCAGGGAUGUAGCUCAGUUGGAGCAUGGCGUUUGCAACGCCAGGGUUGUGGGUUCGAUUCCCACGGGGGGCCAGUAUGAAUUUUUUUUAUGUAUGCACUCACUAACUGUAAGUCGCUCUGGAUAAGAGCGUCUGCUAAAUGACUAAAAUGUAAAUGUAAUGUAAUUUCCUGUUUUCUAUGAGCAGUUUCUGACCUUUCUGAAUUACUUGGCAACUAGUUUGCAAUCAAUACAUUUCUCUGGAAAUCAAACUUCUCGUUUGAGAAAUUCAACAUUGCUACAUUUCCACAGAUGUGUAAUACAAAUGACAGAAACAUUUGGGGUUGAAAUCAUUUUGAAAGCGGUCUUACACAUUUAGAAAUGUACCUGUCUUUUAUGACGUUGGCUCUAGUGCCAUUUCACCUCCAAGACAAUGCUAUACUAAAUAGCUUACUGCCUUUUGAUGUUGAUUAUUCAUACUAUAUAGUUUGGAGGAACAAUGCUAUAUUAAUUGGGGAGAAACUGAUUGUCCGUGCUUUUCAAUGCAACACUUAGAAAACCGCUCUCUGAUGUGUCUUUCCAGUGGCUUUGUGAGGGCUGAGCAAAAAGUCUACCUGAUUGAGCCUUUAGGAGACUCUACCGAUGGGGAGCAUGCUCUGUACAGACAGGAGCACCUCAGAGCCAACAAGACCAGCUGUGGUCACUCCAACGACAGCACGGUCUAUGACCAUGACCAGGGACCGGCCCCCAGACUCUUAGGCCUCUUCAAGUCCAAAGGCUGGGUAAGCAGUUACUUGCUACUGCUUCCUUUUGGUUACUUACACAAUACACAUCCAAAUAUAUAGUGUUCAGAGGUUAUGUAUGUUUUCUACCAGUUGUAUUUAUCUUGUAAGUAGAGUCCAAUGUUUUCUUAUCUCUCUCUUUUUUUAAAAUUAUUUUAGAAAAGUAAACCCAUCGCUGGGCCUCAAAGAUUUGUGGAGAUGUAUCUGGUGGCUGACUAUACAGAGGUAUGUUAUGCUAUGUAUCAAUAUAGAUGUAUGGUUUCUUUCUUGUUUCCUGACAGCCUUUGUUGGAGGCUAACCUAUGUUUGUUGUUUUUUCAGUACAAAUUGUUUGGAAGCAAAACCCAAGGUCGAAUGCUGCAAAUUGCCAAUCAUGUUGAUAAGGUACCAUUUCAAGGAAGUCAUUUUGUGUGUUUGUAUGUGAAUGGCUGCAUGAGCAUUGUUAGGGCGAGGAGUUUUUCCUGAACUGUUCCAGGCUCUCGUUAUAGGUACUUAGGAUGCUAUAUUGAAUAGCCUACUGUUAUAAUGAGGGCCUUAGGAGUUAUUGAAAAGACCUCUGUCUUUGCUUCCUAGUUGUAUCGGCCAUUGAACAUCCGGGUCAUGCUGGUGGGGUUGGAGAUAUGGACUACUAGGGAUCACAUUGACGUCACGCCCAGUCCUGAGAACACCCUGAAUAGGUUUCUCCAGUGGCGCCAAGACGACCUUCUGAAGAGGGCACAGCAUGACAAUGCCCAGUUUGUCACGUGAGUAAUUAGCCUUAUCUUCUUUAUGUUUUGUGAAAGGAAAUGGAUCGCAAUUAAUCACAAUACUUUUUCCAUUAUUCUAUUGUUUGAUAUUAUAUCCUGUAAAAAAUAUCAAUAUAAAAUGCUUUUUUUAAUGAAUAGUAUUGAAACGAUGGCCAAAUGUCUUCUUUCGUGUGGUUUGCAAAGCUAAUGACAGUUCUAAAGCUUUUCCACAACAUUUGGUUUUCAACAGUGGUAAAGAUUUCUUGGGCGAUACUGUAGGACUGGCAAAUAAACUUGCCAUGUGCACUGGAAGUUCAGGUGCAGUCAACCAGGACCACAACAAAAACCCUAUUGGCGUUGCCUCGACCAUCGCUCAUGAGAUGGGCCACAACCUGGGCAUGUCUCAUGAUACCUUAGGCUGCACAUGUGGGACAUCGCUGUACAAAGACAACUGUGUCAUGGCAGAUCGGGUCAGGUAAAUACAAAAACACUAACACAUUACACACUCACUCACACAUUGACACAGUGAGGAAUUUCCUAUGUUUGUUAUUAUGUUAGCCAUUCUAAAGUGAGCCAUCAUUCCCACACCUUUAGAUCAGAGUACCCAGAGCUGUUUAGUGGCUGCAGUCAGGAGCAGUUGAGUGACUUCCUGGAGAGAGCCAAUCCCAGAUGUCUGUUGGACACGCCUGGCUCUGAUAGGCUGUAUGUGGGGCCUGCCUGUGGCAAUGCCUUCCUGGACCCUGGAGAGGAGUGUGACUGUGGAACUGUGGAGGUAAGUCAGGCUCACAAGGUGCACUGGCAUUGAUUAUAUCGUCUUACACUAUUCCACUGACUCAAUCCAAGGUUUAGCUUUGUUGUAAGGAUGACAAAACUUUUCAAAAGCUUAUAAAAGGGAGAGAUAAAAAUACACGCAUGACUGCUUUGUUUGCACUGUAAAUUAUACUUUCUGGAUGACUGACUAAACGAUACAUUUGGUUAGAUUAAAUAGUUAUUUUGUCUUUUGUUCCUGAUUGGUGUGAUUUUUGUCCCUCCCAGGAGUGUAAGAAUCCCUGCUGUGACCCCACUACCUGUCGCCUCACUGAGGGAUCCAGCUGUGCUCAUGGAGCAUGCUGUGAAAACUGCCAGGUACGUGCAUUUUGUGCAUUUUUGGUCAUAUGUAAAAUCCUGGGAAAUCUGGGUGCUUUAUUAAACGUAUGAUUGAAUGAGUCAGACCAGCUGGUAACAUCUUUCUCUGAUCUCUCUCUGCUCAUCACCACUCAGACAGACACACCCAACCAACUACAACUAAUAAAUCACCAGCAAUAAUAAAAAAAAGAACAUAGCCACAAGAGAAGUAGGGUUCGGAGACCCCAGGGUUGAAAUGGCAGCAGUAAUACCAGGAAACAGAAUGAUGCACAUGUGUUUCCUUGUACUGAACUGCCCACAUCCUUCCUCAAUAUGACAGUCAGGGGACUGUAAGAGCGAGACAAAUAAAAAGGUGUAAUGUAUCCGCACUCAAAAAGAUUUAGCAUAAAGCUGACUUUAUUAUUCGAUUUGUUGUAUUCUUUUCAGUGCAUCAGGGAUAGCGUACACAGACGUUUCGGCAGGCGUAGUCAGUCAUCAAAUAAAAUAUGUAUUGUAUGAUCCAAACUUGGCAUCUAACCAAGAAUCAUACACUUUGCUGUAGUAGUAGUAUCAGAUUUGUUUUUAAAGUUAGCACUUUGAGCAUAAUGUUUGAAAAGCACUGUACAAAUAAAGUAAUCACACAGAUUUAUUAGUUAUGAAGUUACUCAACCACUAAACUAUUUGUUCUCAAUCUUCAGCUCAAACAGGCGGCCAGUUUGUGUAGAAGAGCUUCCAGUGAUUGUGACUUGGCAGAGUACUGCACUGGAACUUCAGAGCAUUGCCCAGAAGAUACCUUUCAGAUGAAUGGGAAACCUUGUAGCUAUGGUCAGGGCUACUGCUACAAUGGCCGAUGCCCAACACUUCAGCAACACUGCAAUAGACUGUGGGGACCAGGUACUUCUGUCUUUACUGUUUUAAGUACAUAGCCAAUAAUUUACACUACACUUGUUAUGACACAGUGUAACCAUCCAAAACCGUAUGACGUUAUUUCAUUAACACAAAGCAGAACCCUUCCAGAAAAAAACUAGGCCUAGAUAUAAUCUCAUUCGGUCAGUGCAGGUUGAACGUCAUAUUGUGAAUUGUUCAAUGAUGAUAAUCUACAGUAAGGAUUCCUGUCAUAUCCUGUGGAACCCAAAGGUCAAAAGUGUAAUAUCUCUCUCUUAUUUUCUAGCGGCGCAAGUAGGCACAGAUUCCUGCUUUAAUCUAAAUCUGGGUGGCAAUGAAGGAGCCCACUGCGGAAGGACCAAAAAUGGCUUUGUGCGCUGCACACCACAGUAUGUCCCCUCCCAUCUGACUUCCUGUGUUCUGACAUUUCCUGUUUCCCAUCGAAUGUAACCACACAAUGUCACUCUCCGAUGCAAUUUACAAAUAGUAGAAAACAGAUAUUACAAGACUUCCAUAAGCUUGUGCUGUUAAGAAACGUGUUGCCAUAUUUUGACGUAAAAUACUAAGUCAAUUUGUUUUCUUCUCCUAGGAAUAUGAAAUGUGGAACACUAUUUUGCUUUGGAGGAGAUGAGUAUCCCAUCACUGGGCAGAAGGCCUUCUACAAGAUGCAGGGAGGGGGGACAUGCAACAUAGCAGUGGACCAGGAUAAAAUAAGAUCUCUGGACAUGGUUCCAACAGGAACCAAAUGUGGCAUGAAUAAGGUAAGACUGUGUAUGAAUUCCAAAUCACCCCUCGGGAGGGCCUAUAGGAAUUCAUGGACACAAAUUCAUGGGGUUCAUAUGAGAGGGCAAAUGAAGUGAACAAUUCUUCUUUGUUUCCACAGGUUUGCUAUGAUCACAAAUGCCAAGAUGUCAAAGUCUAUGGUCAAACGGAGGACUGUUCAUCCAAAUGUCACAACAAUGGGGUGAGUGCAUUGACUGUCGAUUUUGAGUCGUUAGUAAAACUUAGCUAGAAUUGUAUGGACCCAAUCAUCACACUCUGUACACUCUUUUGUUAGGUGUGCAACAACAAGGGACAGUGCCACUGUAACCCAGACUGGGCUCCACCCUACUGUGAUGUCAAGUAUUCAGACUUGCCUCAAGGUAUGCCUCAUUCACUCUGUUGUGACAUGCAUUGUUGUUCAGGUAUUUUUAUAUGUGUUACAUUUUGUAAAGGUAAACCUGAACAGUGGAUGAAAAUGAACAUCUUAAUGAUUGGUUAUGUUUUGCUUUGCAGACCAGUUUGGUGUGGUAGCUGGCGUCUCAGCAGUGAUAGCUGGGUUGUUGCUGCUUACUUUCCUGGUUGCAGGACUGAUGUGUUGCAAGAAGAACAAGAGAGAAAACUAUACCUCCAAAAGGUGAGUUUCUUCACCAACGUACAAUUUUUUUUUAAAUGAAUUGUUAAUGCCACUUUACAGUUGUCAUAUCAAAUGAUUUGGUACACAAUCAACAUAUUGAUGUGUGAUGUGCAGGAAAGUCCACUCUACCCCUGGCCAGUUGAACCCAAUGUUCCAGGAGGGGGGUGCGAAGGGCAAGCCUCUGAGCAAGCCCCCCCAAAUUAGCCAACCCACCUUCAUGGAGUCAUCUGCAACACAAGCCUGCACCCCUCUGUUUGUCACUGUGGUCCCUUCCAGGCCCCCUCCACAGGUGAGCUACAAUACCACAAGUUAACAUUAUCUCAAAAGUAUCACUACUCCAGGCUGAUUGAUGAAGGCCUAUUAUGUGGAGUUACUAGUAUUAUCUACAUGUUGUAUGUAGUUCCUAUGUAAAAUAUAUUGAUAGCAACAAGAAGUGAAACAGCUGCUGAACUUGUAAAGAUAGCCUGCCUAAAGUAAAGUGGGUAUGUUUUGUAUAGACUAAGGAUAUUUGUAAAGAAAAAUAAAUGCCAACUAAAUGGAGAUAAAUAUUUAUGAGAAAAUGUUGUCUUGCAGCCACCAAAGAGGUUGCCUGCAGUGCAGCCACAGUCUUUCAUUGAACCGGUGAGCUAUGCCAAUGGAAAUACCUAAACAUAUCAUAUUAAUAAACUCUGGAAUCUUAGAAAUGUAUACUGAAGUACCAAACUCAUACAAACAUCUUUAUUUGAUCAUCAGACUAAACCUCUACCUCCAUCAAAGCCUUUGCCUACUCUGAGUAGCAAACCGGUGAGUCAUUCCAGCCAUUACAAUGAAUAACAUGUUGACAACAUGGUAGAACAACUGUUAUAACAAGUAACUACAUGGUCUCCACACACAGUCUAAUCAUGAACUCAUUAUCAAUUGUUUUAUAUUGUUCUAUUAGAAAAUCAAGCCUGUCGUCCCAGUGCCACCAGUCAAGCCCAGUCCUUACCCAGUGCCUCCAGUCAAGCCCACAGCACCAAAGGUACCCAGCAAAUACCCACAAGUAAUUGUUUGUCUAACACACUUAUCGUAGUCAUGUCUUGCAAAUUCUUCAUAGCAGUUAGAUUUUAAAAAGUAUCUCCUGAAACCAUUGCAUAGCAGGAAAGUAAAAAAAAAAGAAAAUGUGCAAUUUUGUGUUGGUAAUUCUUUACGAAACCAGAAUUGAAGGGCACGUUUCAAGAUGGCCGUCUAAUCGAUCCCUGUGUGUUCAACAGACCUCAGGAGGAGCAAGCCACAAGAUUGCAUUGAAGCCUCCCCCCAUGCCACGUCGA